UGGAAGGGCAACAAGUAACUGAGGAACUGAAGCAAUUGUUGGCACCCGGGUAUGCGGUCAACUUCGACGGCGUGGAUGAUUUCUUCGCGUUUGGGGCCACGCACGGAGCCCAUUUUCCGAACGAGACAUUCUAUGAUGGGUCAUACACAUGUUGGUAUGACUAG